CUCCCCCGAGCCGCGGCCCCCGCCGGCUCCCUCCCUCGCGGAGCCGCCGGUCCGCGUCAGCGGCCACCGCGCUCCCGCACCGGCCCGCCGCCAGGCGCCGGUUGUGCCCUCCCCGCCCCUUCCUCCCCUGUCUUCCCCUCACCCCCCCGCCCGCCCGGCCCCUCUCCCGCCGGCCGAGCCCCGGAGCGCCGCCGCCGCCGGGGUGUGAGCGGGGCCCGGCGCCGUGCCGGGCCGUCCCUCGCCGGCGGGGCCAUGGCCGCGAGCGCCAAGCGGAAGCAGGAGGAGAAGCACCUGAAGCUGCUGCGGGAGAUGAGCAGCCUCCCGCCCAACCGCAAGUGCUUCGACUGCGACCAGCGGGGCCCCACCUACACCGACAUGACCGUGGGCAGCUUCGUGUGCACCUCCUGCUCCGGCAUCCUGCGGGGCUUGAAUCCACCCCACAGAGUGAAGUCGAUUUCAAUGACUACGUUCACACAACAGGAAAUAGAAUUUCUGCAGAAACAUGGAAAUGAAGUGUGCAAACAGAUUUGGCUAGGCCUAUUUGAUGAUAGAUCAUCAGCAAUUCCAGACUUCAGGGAUCCACAGAAAGUAAAGGAAUUUCUACAGGAAAAAUAUGAAAAGAAAAGAUGGUAUGUUCCUCCAGAGCAAGCAAAGGUGGUGGCAUCAGUCCAUGCAUCCAUAUCGGGGUCUUCUGCCAGUAGUACAAGCAGCACACCUGAGGUGAAGCCACUCAAAUCUCUCUUGGGAGAAGCUGCACCCACACUGCACUUAAACAAGGGCACACCUAGCCAAUCUCCUGUUGUAGUUCGAUCUCAAGGACAGCAGCAACAAGAAAAGAAACAAUUUGACCUCCUCAGUGACCUUGGCUCAGAUAUCUUUGCUGCUGCUCCUCCUCAGUCAACUGCUACAGCGAAUUUUGCGAAUUUUGCACACUUCAAUAGUCAUACAGCGCAGAACUCUGCCAAUGCAGGUUUUGCAAACUUUGAUGCAUUUGGACAGUCUAGUGGCUCGAGUAAUUUUGGAGGUUUCCCCACAGCAAGUCAGUCUCCUUUUCAGCCCCAAAAUACAGGUGGAAGUGCUGGAUCAGUGAAUGCUAAUUUUGCUCACUUUGAUAACUUCCCCAAAUCCUCCAGUGCUGAUUUUGGAUCCUUCAAUGCUUCUCAGAGCAACGCCACAGCAGCUGCAGCCAGUAAAGCUGCAGUGAAUAAACUGAAUCUUCAGUCAGCUGACAAAUAUGCAGCUCUUGCUAAUUUAGAUAAUAUCUUCAGUGCAGGGCAAGGUGGGAGUGAGCAGGGAAGUGGCUUCAGCACAGCAGUGUCCUCAGCAGGCCCUGCCUUGUCAGCCCCCAACCAGUCAAGUGCGUCUUCGGACAAGUACGCGGCGCUGGCGGAGCUGGACAGCGUGUUCAGCUCCACGGCCACCUCCAGCAACGCGUACACUGCCACCAGUAACGUCAGCAGCAAUGCUUUUGGAACAGUACCUGUAGCUGCUACUGCACAGACACAGCCUGCAUCUUCAAGCGUGCCUGCUCCAUUUGGAGCAACACCCUCCACAAAUCCAUUUGUAGCUGCCCCUGUUGCCCCAGUGGCACCUUCAACAAAUCCAUUCCAGACCAAUAGCCGAGGAGCAACAGCAGCAACAUUUGGUACUGCAUCCAUGAGCAUGCCGGCAGGAUUUGGAACUCCUGCCUCCUACAGUCUUCCUACUAGUUAUAGUGGCAACUUCCAGCAGCCCACCUUCCCAACCCAGGCAGCUUUCCCUCAACAGACUGCUUUUGCUCAACAGCCAAAUGGAGCAGGUUUUGCUACAUUUGGGCAAGCAAAGCCUGUAGUAACUCCUUUUGGACAAGUUGCAGCUGUUGGAGUAUCUAGUAACCCUUUUAUGGCUGGUGCACCAACAGGACAAUUUCCAACAGGAAGCUCAUCAACCAAUCCUUUCUUAUAGCCUUAUAGACACUUUACCCAAAAGAACUCUUAUGUGGUCACAUAACAUCUCUGCGCCUCUUGCACUGUUGUCUUGUUUCACUGAUAUUAGCUUUAAACACAAAAGAAGUCUUUAAGAAGUAAAAAUAAAAGCCUGCAUUGUGUACCUUUAAAAAGUUUCAAAAAGGAAAAAAAAACACCUGAUACAAAAAACAAGAAAACCAAUCCCCCACCAGGUAAUAACGUGCAAAACAGAGGGCUGUGGUAACAUCCUUGAACCUGUGAGCUGGCAGGUAAAAAGUAGCGGUAUCAUGUGUAUUAAAAUUGGCUAAUAAGUUAUUGCAGAUACCACACUCAUUAUGCUGCAGUACUGUACAUAUUUUUCUUAGAAAAUAGCUAUUUGUGCAUAUCAGUAUUUGUAACUUUAACACAUUGUUAUGUGAAAAACGUUACUGGGGAAUAGAUCAGCCACUUUAAGGUGCUGUUGUAUCUCUUGGAAUGAAUGAGCUGCAUCAUUUUAACCAUUGAUAUUGGAAGUCACAAAGUUAAAUUGAAGGUUUGUUCAUUUCUCAAAAUGUUUUCCUUUCCUAAGAGCUCUUCUAUUUAUACAUGCCUAAAUCUCUAAUGUUAGAGGGAUACCUGUCUGCAUAAUAAAGCUGAUCAUGUUUUGCUACAGUUUGCAGGUGAAAAAAAAUAAAUAUUAGAAAAAAGAA